GGGAGGGAGGCAAGCCUAGUCUCCUCACAGGCAGAUCAAUGAGGAGCUACUAACCCUAGACCACUCACCGCUCUGCUCUCUCUCUCUCUCUCUCUCUCUCUCUCUCUCUCUCUCUCUCUCCCUCCCACCCUGUCCCUGAACCUCUCUCCACCACUCUCCCCUCUUCUCUUUCACUGCUGAACUUAUCUUUCACUGCUGAACAUUCUUCCUGCUCCCACCCCAGGCUGCAGAACCUGCUCCAGAAGCAGACCAUGGCUUCCAAGAGGAAAACAGGCUGCCAGUGCCGUACGUUCUGGGUGGCGGUGCUGCUGCUGGCCAGCGUCUCGGCCAUCAUCACCAUCGCCGUCAUCCAGAGACACUGGAGGGUGCAGGAGUACGGUCUGGAGUACGGCAUCGUGGUGGACUCGGGCUCCUCCCGCUCCACCGUGUACCUCUACCAUUGGCCCGGAGAGAAGAAGAACGAGACCGGCGUGGUGUCCGAGGUGCUCAACUGCAAAGUGUUCGGCAACGGCAUAUCCGACAUGUUGGUGGACGCGGAGAAGGACAAAAAUACUUGGGCGUCCUUCACGGGAUGCAUGCAGAAGGUCACAGAAGAAAUCCCAGUGGAGAAACGCCAGAAAACACCGCUGUUCCUGGGGGCCACCGCCGGCAUGAGGCUGCUGAAUCAAGUGGACCAGAACCGAUCGGACGAGGUCAUCAUCAGCCUCAAACAGUACCUCAAGGCCCUGCCCUUCGCGUUCAAGGACGCCACCAUCCUGACCGGACAGCAGGAGGGCCUCUACGGCUGGGUCACGGUCAACUACCUCAUGGGCAACUUUGAGGAGAAGACCCUGUUGAACUCUCUGUUCCAUGCCGGGGGUGCCAGCACCGUGGGGUCCAUGGACCUGGGCGGGGCCUCCACCCAGCUCGCCUUCCAGGUGGGCGAGGAGCUGAAGGGGGAGGACUUCCUGCCCGUCCGACUGUACGGCUACGACUACAACGUGUACGCACACAGCUACCUCUGCUAUGGCAAGAACGAGGCCGCGAAGCAGAUCCUCGACCGGAUAAUCAAGGCUUCCCCGGACCCCACCACCAUCCAGAACCACUGCUACCAGGAGGGCUUCAACGUGACCAUCAAGGCCUCCGACGUCUACAACUCUCCCUGCACCCAAACGCCCGACAACUUUGACCCCGACCAGCAGAUCACCUUUGUGGGGAAGCCCGACUCAGACAGGUGCCGGGAGCUGGUCCGCGAGCUGUUCGACUUCACCAACUGCACGGCGCAGGGCUGCUCCUUCAACGGAGUCCAACAGCCCCCGGUCCAAGGGAAGUUCAUGGCCUACGCAGGGUUCUUCUACACCGCCAAGGCGCUGCGUCUGAACGGCACCACGGAGCUGGACGUGUUCAACAGCACCAUGAGGGAGUUCUGCCACACCAAUAAAGAGAUGCUGAUUGCCAGCAGGCCGGAGAUCUCGGAGAGGUUCCUCAUCACGUACUGCUACUCUGCGCACUAUGUCUUAACCCUGCUGGUCGAUGGAUACAAGUUUGACCCGGACACCUGGCAGAACAUCGCCUUCGAAAAAGAGGUGGAGGGGACCAGCCUGGGCUGGAGCCUGGGCUUCAUGCUGUCCAUGUCCAACAUGAUCCCCUCGGACGCCAAGGAGAUCCUGCCCAUGGCCAACCCCGUCUUCGCAGGCCUCAUCUUCCUCUUCUCGGCACUGAUGAUCAUCACCGUGGUCUUCCUCUUCAUCAUGCUCAUCCGCACAUGCUACUGACCACACACGCACGCACACGCACACCACACACACACACACACACACACACACACACACACACACACACACACACACACACACACACACACACACACACACACAUCUCUUCCUGGUCCGGAACCCUCACCCACUAACUCAGGCAUGACAUGGACAGAAAGAAUGGUCUACCCCCCCGUCCUAUAGACAGACAGCAAUGCUGGUUGUGUUACAGAAGCAUGUGGUAAAUACUACUUACUUAUGGUGACUGUAUGUUUAUUAUUGUGUU